GAUAAACCGUAGUUGCAAAGAUGUUACGCAUUAAACUGGAUAAACUUAAAUAAAGCAAAAUCAGUGCAGGAAAAGGCGACAGGAUAAAGAUUUGUGAAAAGACGAGACGGUUUCUCAUUAUCGUAAAAGUUGAUUUGGAAAAUAUGCAGAAUGUCCUGAUGAAUAAAGAUGGGAGUGUCCCACAUGUGCAGAGGGUGUGGAGCCUCAAUCCAGAUCAGGAUGACCCAGUGUCUUCACACAUCAAAGAGGAACAGGAGGAACGUUGCACCAGUCAGAAGGAGGAGGCUAAUUUCACCAUGCUGUCAUUCAUGCUGCUCCCCAUUAAGAAUGAAACCAAUAAGGAAAAACCUCAGGUUUUGCAGCUUCAUCAAAACCAAGUGGUGUUCAGAGACACUGUAGCAAUGAAAACAGAAUCUGAUGGGGUGGAGUCUAGACGAGCAGAACCAGUAUGCAACUCAGAUCCAAGUGAACUUAAUUGUACUGUUGAUAUGCAUAAGUGGAGCCUCAAUCUGGACCAGAAGGAGCGAGAGCCCUCACACAUUAAAGAACAACAGGAGCAACUCCGGAUCAGUCAGGAGGAAGCACUUCAGAGGCUAGACUCCACAAAGUUGUCAUUCAGUCCUACUCCCUUGAAGAGCGAAACUGAUAACGAGGAACAUCACAUUUCAUGGUUUUGUCAAGGCCACACUAAGAUUGAACAGGCUAAUGGAGAGGACUUUGGAGGGCCGCAACCAGAAUCCAAUGAGAAUGCUUCGGGAAGUAAUAAACAUAUGAAUGAAGACAGUAAUGAUAGUGUUGACAGUGAUUUCUGGAAGGAGACCAGGGAGCGUCAGUCAGGCUUAAAAGCCAUGAAAAAUAAUGAAGCCUCUGUCAGUGAUAUGGAUUAUAAGACUGACAAAACACUUACGUGUGCCCAUUGUGGGAAAGGUUUUCUCACUGAGAGCAGCUUGUUGAGUCACAGGGCUUGCCAUAGUGCAGAGAAAUUAUACAGCUGCUUAGUUUGUGGUGCUGGAUUUGCCUCAGAAGAAUAUUUGGAAUUACACAAGACCAUGCACCUGGGGGAAAAUCAUCAUCAGUGUUUAGGUGAGUCCUCACGGCUUCUUCAGUGCCGACGUAAGAAAAAGAAGCAAGUGGAAACAGGACACAGUGAGGACUGUGGACCCCCAAAACCAGCCAGCAGUGAUUGUAAAUGUAUGAUUGAAGCCAGUGAAGAUGGGAACAAAUAUCAGUUGGACUCUCUGAAAAAUCAAGCUUUUGUAAAUAUGAAAUUCAAUACUCGCAGGAGAACGUUCAGCUGCAUAGUGUGCGAUAAAACCUUUGGACACAGAAGCCAUUUUAAGACCCACAUGAGGAUUCAUACAGGGGAGAAACCAUUCAGCUGCUCUGAGUGCGGUAAAAGAUUUGGUAACCAGGGCAAUCAGUAUAAACACAUGAGAAGUCACACGGAAGAGAAACCAUUCCGCUGCUCCGAGUGCGGUAAAAGCUUCGGCUUCAAGAACAUCCUGAAGACGCACAUGAGAAUUCAUACAGGAGAGAAACCAUUUCGCUGCUCCGUUUGCAGUAAACUGUUUAUCCACCGUUCAAGUUUAACCUACCACAUGAGAGGCCACACAAACGAGAAGUGUUUCAGCUGUUCGGUUUGUAAGAAGCACUUUCGGCAAAGUGGAUCUGUUGCCGUACACAUGAGAUUGCACACUGGGGAUCGACCUCAUAGGUGUUUAAUUUGUAGUAAAAGUUUCAUUGUAAAAAGAAGUUUGACAGAGCACAUGUCAGUCCACACAGGAGAGAAGCUAUAUAACUGUUCACUUUGUGGCAAAGGCUUUACACACAAGCAAAACUUCACAAUGCACGCGAGAGUCCACACAGGAGAAAAAAAGUUCAGAUGCAGGCUUUGUGGAAAAGGAUUCAACAGGAAGUGUCGUUUCAAAAACCACACAUGUUUAGGUUGAAGACACUUGUCAGCUUUUGGUUGUCUCAGCUUCA